GGAAAUUUCUUUCGUCAAGUAAAUUGUCACUUGCCGGCGGCGCUUACACAUUUUUAUUGCGCUUUUCACGUGAAAAACUUCAAAAAUCCGCAGAUUUCUAACACUUCAGGAUGUCUGAUGAGUAUUUCUACGGAGUCACUUUGACCAAAGCUGCUCCCACGCAGACAUGGGAUCCUUUUCACAACGACGAGGACAAUGAGCUCAAUAUCGUUUAUAACAAAUUAAUGGUGAAACAGCUCCUGCUCGGCCACGAUGCCAAGGAAGAUGAAUACAAUGUUGUCGAAGUGACCACUCAGACAAUUGAUGAUGUUAUCAAGAUCCCUGUUGGUGUCCUCAAAGCUGGAGAAGCCCGAAAUAUCUGUAUGGAGUUGGAAUUUGUAGCUCCGGUGAUUUUCACACUUGUCAAAGGUUCUGGCCCAGUUCAUAUCCAUGGUCAUCAUUUGAUUGGAGAAUCUAACGAGGAGACAGGCCUUUGGGAUGAUGGAGACACUAUGGAAGAGGAAGAGGCAAAAGCCGAUGAAGAGGAGAAUGGAAGUGCCAGGCGAAAGCAAAAAUUUCCCAGCAGCCUCAAGCAAUUGACAAAGUUUGGAACUCCUGUCCCAAGAAAGAGGAAAUAGAGUUGAUGAAAUGCCAUAAUCCACCACCUAAAACUCCAUAACAUUUCCUCCCACUUCAUGUACAAUGUUUCCUAAUAGAAAACAUUUUCAUUCAUAUUGAAAAA